CCAACUGAAAAGCGCCGUCGUCUGGUGCUGGGUGUUUGCAGUUACGUCUUAUCCGCGCGCGGGUGGCUGGUGAAGGAAAAAAAAAGGAGGAAACGAGCUCGUGGACAGGAUUAUGAACGUGAUCGCCAAGUCAUCGUCGAUCGCGCCCUUCGCCCGGGCCUCGCUGACAGUCUAUCCAGUGUACGCGAAGCCCGUCAACACUGCGACGAAGAUCCAACGCAAGAAGAUCAUGCUGGUCAACCCCGUCAAACGCUGCCUCGGCUACACGCUCGCCCAGGAUCUCAGAAUCCAGGGCGUCGUUCGUGUGAGUAGCGGCAUUGGUGUAAACUCCCAUAUUAUAACUCAGCAGAGGCUAGCGCAUUCUGACAUCCAAAUACCAGACUUUAGCGAAUAUCGUCAUGAAUCCACCCUCGAUCCGGCAUCCAAAAAUAGGGACACCAAAGCCGCCCGUACAUCAGUAUCUUAUCUUGUGGCAACAGGUGUUGGAGUUACUGGUGCCUAUUUUGCAAAAUCCUUGGUGUACGAUGCGGUCAUGUCUAUGUCAGCAUCAGCUGAUGUAUUGGCUUUGGCUAAAAUUGAAAUUAAGUUAGAUGCUAUCCCUGAAGGAAAGAGCGUGGUAUUCAAAUGGCGUGGAAAGCCACUGUUUAUCCGUCAUAGGACUGCUGACGAGAUUGCAAGAGAGCAAGCCGUUGAUAUUGCGUCCCUCAGAGACCCCCAGACUGACGCUGACAGAGUCCAAAAGCCCGAAUGGCUAGUUAUCCUUGGAAUUUGCACACACUUGGGUUGUGUGCCCAUAGCAAACGCUGGUGACUUUGGUGGCUACUAUUGCCCGUGCCACGGGUCGCACUACGAUGCUUCUGGUAGAAUCAGAAAAGGCCCAGCUCCCCUUAACCUCGAGGUUCCCGAGCACGAGUUCGUGGAUGAUUUGCUUAUAGUUGGUUAAAUUAAUUCGGCAUUAGAAAAAUUAACAAUCGGUUAUGCAAAAAAAAAAAAAAAAUUAAGCAAAACAAAACCUUCUCUGUGAGAAAACGUUAUCAUUUGAUUAUAUAUGUAUUAUCGAAUGCAACAACUAGACAAAAAAAACUGUAAAUCAUUGAAUCACCGUCAAUCGCCAAACGAUUCUGACGACUGUCAUCUUUCUGAAAUAAAAAUAAAGCUGUACAGUCAAUAGAAUAAAAUGUUGAAUAAUUUUUAAAAGUUA